CCACAGCCCACGCGACGUCACCGCGGCAGAGGGCUAGGGCAGCUCUGCUAGCCGGCCCGGCGGCAGUUGGGCCGUUCCGCUCGGACCCCGGCCCUGGCUCUGGCCCCGCGAUGGGAGCUGCUCCCUGGGGUUGAGCUUGUCGCAUCCUCCACCAGCCCUCGCCCCCGAAGUCAAGAGGAGCGCCCCUGCCCACCCACACCUUGCCCCUUUUGGGGGUCGCCUCCAUCUAGCCGGUCCUUAGCACUAGUGGCCGCGCCGUCCGACAAAGGAGCAGGACGAUGCUCCUGGCGUCGGUGCUGGGAAGUGGCCCCCGUGUGGGGCCGCCGCUCCGGCCCUUCCUCGGGCCUGCGCUCCUGCUCAGGGCCCUCUCCACAUCAGCCACCGACACUCACCACGUGGAGAUGGCGAGGGAGCGCUCCAAGACCGUCACCUCCUUCUACAACCAGUCCGCCAUUGACGUGGCCGCCGAGAAGCCCUCAGUCCGCCUCACUCCGACCAUGAUGCUCUAUUCAGGCCGCUCUCAGGAUGGCAGCCACCUUCUGAAAAGUGCCCGGUACUUGCAGCAAGAGUUGCCAGUGAGGAUCGCUCACCGCAUCAAAGGCUUCCGCAGCCUUCCUUUCAUCAUUGGCUGCAACCCCACCAUCCUGCACGUGCACGAGCUGUACAUCCGUGCCUUCCAGAAGCUGACAGACUUCCCUCCGAUCAAGGACCAGACAGAGGAAGCCCAAUACUGCCAGCUGGUGCGUCAGCUGCUGGACGACCACAAAGAUGUGGUGACCCUCUUAGCUGAGGGCCUACGUGAGAGCCGGAAGCACAUAGAGGAUGAGAAGCUUGUUCGCUACUUCUUGGACAAGACACUGACUUCCAGGCUUGGGAUCCGCAUGUUGGCCACACAUCACCUGGCGCUGCAUGAGGACAAGCCUGACUUUGUCGGCAUCAUUUGCACUCGCCUCUCGCCAAAGAAGAUUAUUGAAAAGUGGGUGGACUUUGCCAGACGCCUGUGUGAGCACAAGUACGGCAAUGCCCCCCGCGUCCGCAUCAACGGACAUGUGGCUGCUCGAUUCCCCUUCAUCCCUAUGCCCCUGGACUACAUCCUGCCGGAGCUGCUCAAGAAUGCCAUGAGAGCCACGAUGGAGAGCCACCUAGACACUCCCUACAACGUCCCAGAUGUGGUUAUCACGAUCGCCAACAACGAUAUUGAUCUCGUCAUCAGGAUUUCAGACCGGGGCGGGGGAAUCGCUCACAAGGACCUGGAUCGGGUUAUGGACUACCACUUCACGACAGCUGAGUCCAGCACCCAGGACCCCCGGAUCAACCCACUCUUCGGUCACCUGGACAUGCACAGUGGUGUCCAGUCAGGACCCAUGCACGGACAAUAUCGAAGGCCCAGGCUGGCCCAGCUUCAGGCUUCAUUUCUGACUCUUGCCUUCCUGGCAGUCACAGGUUCUGGAGAUGAAGGUCACCAGACUGGGCAACCUCCUGAGCCACCUGAUUCCUGAGCCCAAGUAAGGUUAAAAAUACCGUCCACCACCUGUGCCUGUUGCUGCCAAGGACAGGAACACACAAGAUUGUGUCCUGGCAGGCUCCAGAGGACCAUGGGGCCCUGGUAGGGAGAUUGAAAGGAAAGGGUCCCAUAGAGCAUCUUGCCAGGGAAGGAGAAAGGCUUGGUGGGACUGCUGAUGGAGGCGGGGAAUGGAGGGGGCACAGGAAACCAGUGACUUGCCAGGCUGAAAGUCUGCUGGCUGCAGUGCAGGGGGUGAGGCUGGAGAGGCAGGCGGCAGCAGCAGCUGCAGGACUCUGACUGUACAGCAGGGGUGGGGAUGUCUGGCAGGGGCCGUACAAAGCCCACAAAAUCAUUUGGUCUGGCCCUGCCAAGGCAUUGGGGGUGAGUUA